UGUGCUGCUACCUGGCGCUCUCUCCUUUUUCUCUCUCCUCUUGGGUAGCUCUCGCUCCCUCUCAAAGCAGUCAAGAGCUAGACCCUCCUGUCUCCUCUAGCUUCCAUUCCAUUCCUUUCCUUGGUACUAGUACUCUGAUUCCCUUUGAUUUCCCCAGCUGCCGCAGCUGCCAAGUCUCUUCCUCCCACUAUCUCUUCUCUCCAACCUCCAGUCCAGCCAGCCGCCCAAACACCUCUCUCCUCUCCCAACAACUCUCUCUGGAAGUCUAGAUCGCCGGCCAUGAUCUUCCCUCCUGCCUUCCUCGAUUCAUCAAGCUGCUGGAAUACCAACCACAACCAGCUUCAGCUGCAGCAAAUCGGCAGUAACACUCAUGUCACUACUACUCCUUCACCUGCUGGCCACGGUCCUGGAGAUGGAGGAGGCAGCAACAACAACAAUCAUGGUCAGCAGGAAGGACUAAUGGCCACGGCCGGGGCCGGAGGAGGUGGUGGUGAUGGCGGCGGCGGCGGUGGUGGGGAUGGUGACAGCGCUGGCGGCGGGAGCAACAAGCCGAUGUCGAUGUCGGAGCGGGCGCGGCUGGCGCGGGUGCCGCAGCCGGAGCCGGGGCUCAACUGCCCGCGCUGCGACUCCACCAACACCAAGUUCUGCUACUUCAACAACUACUCCCUCACCCAGCCCCGCCACUUCUGCCGAGCCUGCCGCCGCUACUGGACCCGCGGCGGCGCGCUCCGCAACGUCCCCGUCGGCGGCGGGUACCGUCGCCACGCCAAGCGCAGCGCCAAGCCCAAGGCCGGGUCGGCUGGAUCCGGAACCGCCGCGGCAGGGACGUCGUCUGCGACGUCGACGACGCCCAGCACCACUGCUUGCACCACCGGCACUGCCACUGCGCCGCCCGCUCUGCAGUACUCCAUGUUCGGCAGCGCGCCGCCGCACGGCAGCCGGUUCGCCGAUAGCUUCGACCCCGCGAGCCUCGGCCUCAGCUUCCCCGCCAGGCUGCUCUUCCCUGACAGCGGCGCCUACGCGGCCGACGGUGGCGCGCAGCAGCACCACCAUCACUACCAGGGGAACGGGAACGGCAUGGAGCAGUGGGCGGCAGCGCAGAUGCAGAGCUUCCCGUUCCUGCACGCCAUGGAUCACCAGAUGUCGGGGAAUCAGCCACCGGCUUCGGCAAUGCCCACCACAAUGGCGGCGAUGCAGGGCAUGUUCCACCUAGGGCUACAGAGCGGCGGCGGCGGCGGCGGCAAUGGCGACGAUGGAGGAAACCACCAGUUCCACCACCCGCCGGCCAAGAGGGACUACCAGCAGCAGCAGGAUUACCCAAGCAGCAGGGGCAUGUACGGGGACGUGGUCAAUGGCAAUGGCGGCGGCUUCAAUUUCUAUUCCAGCACUAGCAAUGCAGCUGGUAAUUAGCUAGCUAGAUCUAGCUAGCUUUGUUCUUGCAAACCUAGAUUGAUGCAUGGUGAAAUGGGGCCGGGGAUGUAUAAAUUCUUCAUCACUACAAUAUGUGUUACAAGAACUCGAUCCAUCUCGUCGAUCGAGAUCUCCAGAGGAGGGGGGAUAUCAAUGCAUACACAAGAAUGUUAACCUUU